AUGCCGACACAAUACCUCCGAUUUCCUGCCCGGCGGUCGCCUCUCCUCAAACAACUAGCCCGCGCCGCCUCAUCGUCCUCGUACACUCCCAGACCGCGAACCGCAACAUCCUCAAUACCCGCCUCCCGUGCCCGUGCCGUGCCAGCAGCCAAACCCGCCACGCCGGCAGCCGCCGCCCCUGCCGCCCCUGCCGCCCCUGCCGCCCCUACCAACCCCGUGCUCGACCCGCAAGCCGCCAUGCCCCCGCCGGCGACCAUCGAGGACGUAGACCCGCAACUCGCCGCCGAGAUCCCCACGCCCGAGUCGUCGGGCACCAGAGCCCCCUCAGCCGCCUUCGCGACUGCGCUCAGCGGGGGCCCCCAGGGCAACGGCAACAACAUCGACUGGUCGUCGUCGUUCCACGGGCUGUCGACGACGCCCUUCAGUCCCGAGACGGCGUCGGUGCUGAUGCAGCGGCUGGAUCCCUACGACAUCGAGGUCAAGCCCGACGGCAUCAUCUACCUGCCUGAGAUCAAGUAUCGGCGCAUCCUGAACCGCGCCUUCGGUCCCGGUGGCUGGGGGCUGGCGCCGCGUGGCGAGCUCGUCGUCGGCGAGAAGGUGGUCACCCGCGAAUACGCCCUGGUCGUGCACGGCCGCUUCAUCGCGCAAGCGCGGGGCGAAUGCCAGUACUUUUCCGAGGAGACGAUCCCGACGGCGGGCGAGGGGUGCAAGUCGAACGCGCUGCUGCGGUGCUGCAAGGACCUGGGGAUCGCGUCGGAGCUGUGGGACCCGCGCUUCAUCCGCGACUUCAAGAAGGCGCACUGCCAGGAGCUGUGGGUGGAGCACGUGGUCAACAAGAAGCGCCGCCAGAUCUGGACGCGCAAGGACGGCGAGCCCGCGUAUCCGUACAAGGCGGCGGGGCGGGCCUAA